UCCCCCGCUUCCCCCCAGUCCUGUCCCAACUGCCGCCGCUGCCACUCUGCUUCUUCUCUUGGCUUCUCCCAGCCUCCAGCCCUCCACGGCUCCGCCUCCAAGAGUCCACGCCAACCACUCGCACCGACAGCCUCGCCCCCCACCAACUCACCGGCCCACCGCCCGCCGCCGCAUGACGGUGGCCCGCGGCCCGCCCGGCCGCCCCUCCUCCGCGCUCCUGGGCUGCUGGCGCCGCCGUCCCCCGCUGGGCUUCGGCGCCAAGGUCGGCAUCGCCAUCGCGCUCGGCCUCUCCUUCGCCAUCAUCUGGACCUCCGUCUCCCCGACCUCCUCCUCCCAGCAGAUCUCCACCGAGCGAUCCUCCUUCGCCGCCGAAGUUGCCGCUCCACCAACCGCCUCCCACAAUCGUACCAGCUCCAGCGCCGACGGCGGGCAUGCUCACCGGAAGCCUCGCCCCGUCCCGCACAGCCACAAGAAGCGCCAUCCUGCUCCGUCCGGAUCUCAUGCCCAUCCCCGUCGCGCCAAUGCCACCGCCUCGCCGGAUGCCGCCGCUGCAAAGGCCGAUCACUCCGAGCCGGCUCCAAUAACCGACACAGAGCCUAAGGAGAAGGAGCCGGAACAGGAGCAGGAGCCAGACAUGGAGAUGGAGCCGGAGCAGGAGGCAGAGCUGCCUAUGCCCGAGGAAAGCGGGGACAACUCGGGGAAGGCGCCUGCAGAGGGGGAGGAGGAGAAGCCGCCGCAGCUGGAAUUGGAAGAGGAGCCCGGUGAGGGUGAUGGCGACGAGGAUUUUGAGGGGGCGAAGAAGAAGGCUCCGAGUAAGAAGAGAAAGCUUCCGCCUUUGUUCAGCUCUAGUGCGCAUUACCACUGGAAGCAUUGCGGUGCCAAGAGUGGCUACCACUAUAUCCCUUGCGUGGAUUUCGAUGGGGAUGGGAGCCAGAGACACCAUGAACGCAGCUGCCCAAGGUCGCCUGUGACAUGCCUGGUGUCACUUCCCAAGGAUUAUAAACAGCCUGCACCAUGGCCGGAGAGGAAGGACAAGGUUUGGUAUGGGAAUGUUGCACAUCCUAGAUUGUCAAAUUAUGUUAAGGGCCACAACUGGCUGAACCACAGUGGUGACUACUUGAUGUUCCCACCAGAUGAAUGGGAGUUCAAAGGUGGAGCAAGACAUUAUGUGGAAUCAAUUGAUGAGAUGGCUCCUGACAUUGACUGGGGAAAAAAUAUUCGUAUAAUAUUGGACAUCGGAUGCAAAAGUGCUGGCUUUGGUAUUGCUCUACUUGAGAAAGAUGUGAUAACGCUAUCUUUAGGCCUUACAAAUGAUCAAACAGACCUUGCGCAAGUUGCCCUUGAACGUGGAAUACCUGCAACAGUUGGUAGUCUCGGAUCACGAAGAUUGCCCUUCCCUAGUGGUGCAUUUGAUGCUAUACACUGUGGUGAAUGCAAUAUACCAUGGCAUUCUAAUGGUGGAAAACUCCUCCUAGAGAUAAAUAGAAUUCUUCGCCCAGGAGGAUACUUCAUUAUAUCAAGCAAAAGUGCUGACCUAGAGAGUGAGGAAGGAAUAUCAGCUUCAAUGACCGCACUUUGUUGGAAUGCAAUAUCUUACAGUAGUGAUGAUGUCAGUGAGGUUGGAGUAAAGAUAUUUCAGCGACCAGCCACAAAUGAGGAAUAUGAUCUGAGAGCAAAAAAAGAUCCUCCAUUUUGUAAGGAAGAGCAGAACAAAGCUAAUGCAUGGUAUACUCACAUCAAGCAUUGCCUGCACAAAGCACCUGUUGGUAUUGAAGAAAGAGGUAGUGACUGGCCAGAGGAGUGGCCCAAGAGGCUUGAGAGUUACCCGGAGUGGCUAGGGGACUUGCAAACAAGAGUGGCUACUGAUCAUAACCACUGGAAGGCUGUUGUUGAGAAAUCAUAUCUGGAUGGAUUGGGCAUUGACUGGUCAAAUAUCAGAAAUGUAAUGGAUAUGAGGGCUGUAUAUGGAGGAUUUGCAGCUGCAUUGGCAUCUAAAAAGGUUUGGGUCAUGAAUGUCGUUCCUGUGCAUGCUGCAGACACCCUGCCCAUAAUCUAUGAGCGUGGCCUGGUUGGCAUCUAUCAUGAUUGGUGUGAGCCAUUUAGCACGUAUCCAAGGUCCUAUGAUCUUUUACAUGCCGACCAUUUAUUCUCACGCUUGAAGAUCAGAUGUAGGCAACCUGUCGCUAUUGUUGUUGAGAUGGAUCGAAUUUUGAGGCCUGGAGGUUGGGCCAUCAUCAGGGAUAAACUUGAGAUCCUUGACCCGUUGGAGACCAUUUUGAAGUCACUACACUGGGAAAUUAUCAUGACAUUCAGAAAGGACAAGGAGGGUAUCAUGUCUGUAAAGAAAACAACAUGGCGGAUACUGCAGCCUUUGCACAAGAAUUCCACCUACGAUCAAGCAUCCAAGUUCGAAUCGGCACAAAUUCACGUUUCUGCAUUUUUCUUGGAUGAAGUUUGGCCCGUCUACCACGGCCCAAAGGCGAGUUUCCAAAACCCCAAAAACCCGAGGGCCGAACCGGCACCUCCCACAAGCACCGCCGCCGCGAUGCCUCCCUUCCCGACGGCGACCACCGCCUCCGCCACCUCCCACCUCGCCCUUCUUUUCCUCCUCUCCUCCUCCUCCCUCUUCUUCCUCUACAAAUCUAUCCGCCUCCGCCGCAAACCUUCCCCCGCCACCGGCCCCGCCCGCACCACCAUCCCAACGCUCCUCUACGCCUCCGCCACCGGGACCUCCAAGACCCUCGCCGCGCGCCUCUCCGCCCGACUGACCGCCGACGUCGGAGUCCCUGUAAGCGCCACUGAUGCCGCCUCCUUCGACCCCGAAGACCUCCCCUCCGUCCCGCUCCUCCUCCUCCUCGUCCCCACCCACGACGGUGGCGCGCCGCCACCCUCCGCGGCCUUCCUAUCUCGCUGGCUCGAGGAGUCCGCCGCCGAUUUCCGAGCGGGGGCGCUCCUGCUGUCCGGUCUUCGCUUCGCUGUAUUCGGGGUCGGGUCCCGGGCCUAUGGAGAGACCUUCAACGCCGCCGCGAGGAGCUUAUCGCGGUGGCUGCGCGCGCUCGGCGCCGUUGAGGUGGUCCCCGUCGGGGAGGGCGAUGUGGAUGGUGGGGACCUCGAGGCGGUGUUCGAGGAGUGGAGUGGGAAGGUAUUGAGGGUCGUGAAGGGGGAGGAGUUGAACGAGGGGGUUGAGGGAGAGAGCGACGGGCUUGAUGAGUUGGAAUUGGAAGAAGAGGAGUCUGAUGUUGACGAUGAAGAGGAGGCAGUGCCUGGGGAGAUUGACAUGGAAGACAUUGCUGGGAAGGCGCCGGCAAGGAGGCAGAAUGGGAAGGUGGAGGGUGGUUUGGCUAAUGGAGGGCAGAACGGCGUGAAGGAGAUGGUUACACCAAUCAUCAGGGCGAGCUUAGAGAAACAGGGUUACAAAAUUCUUGGUUCUCAUAGUGGCGUGAAGAUUUGUAGAUGGACUAAGUCACAGCUCCGAGGCCGUGGAGGGUGUUAUAAGCAUUCAUUUUAUGGCAUAGAGAGUCACAGAUGCAUGGAGGCAACUCCAAGUUUGGCUUGUGCAAAUAAAUGUGUAUUUUGUUGGAGACAUCACACAAAUCCUGUUGGAAAAAGUUGGAAAUGGAAGAUGGAUGACCCACUUGACAUUGUAAAUGCCGCAGUUGAUCAACACACUAAGAUGGUUAAGCAAAUGAAAGGUGUACCAGGAGUAAAGCCGGAAAAACUAGAAGAGGGUCUAUCACCUAGGCAUUGCGCAUUAUCUCUGGUUGGUGAACCAAUAAUGUACCCUGAGAUAAAUGCUCUGGUUGAUGAGCUACACCGCAGGCGCAUAUCUACGUUUCUGGUUACAAAUGCUCAAUUUCCUGAAAAGAUUAAGAUGUUGAAACCAAUCACUCAGCUGUAUGUCAGUGUGGAUGCAGCUACAAAAGAAAGCUUGAAGGCUGUUGACAGGCCACUGUUUUCAGACUUUUGGGAGCGUUUCCUGGAUUCACUCAAGUCUCUGCAUGAGAAAGAUCAACGGACAGUUUACCGACUGACGCUGGUUAAGGGCUGGAAUGCAGAAGAGAUAGAUGCAUAUGCAAAAUUGCUGAACCUUGGCCAACCUGAUUUCAUCGAAAUCAAGGGUGUGACAUAUUGUGGCUCGUCUGCAACUUCAAAGUUGACAAUGGAGAAUGUACCCUGGCACUCUGAUGUAAAGGAAUUCUCCGAGGUUUUGGCAUCGAAAAGCGGCGGUGUCUACGAAGUAGCAUGUGAGCAUGCUCAUUCAUGCUGUGUCCUACUUGCAAAAGUAGAUAAGUUCAAGAUCAACGGCAAAUGGCAUACCUGGAUAGAUUAUGACCGAUUCCAUGAACUGGUGAUAUCUGGAAAGCCUUUUAAGAGCCAAGAUUACAUGGCAGUGACGCCCUCAUGGGCAGUCUAUGGUGCAGAGGAAGGUGGGUUCGAUCCGGAUCAAUCUCGUUUCAAGAAGGAAAGGCGCCAUGGAACUGCUGCGGUCAAAGGUUGAUCUUCUUGAGGAGACAUGGGCAUUGCUACUUCCGAAGACUGACCUAUGUAACUUCUUUUUAGACGCUAGAAUUUUGCAGUGUUGAGCUUCCAAAAUCGUGUAUUUCUGUUUGUUGCGUGAAUUAAUUUUCAAAAAUACGUUUUGACUGAUUUUAUUGGCACGUUCGUCUUUUUUCCUGAUGUAGCGAUGAUGGUGUGAAUUUACAGAUUUUUGAAAACCA